CGUCAGCCUCUCCAUGAUAUCUUACCAAACUCCUCCCACAAUAUCCUUUAUAAACAGCCAGCAAUUCUCACACAAUCCAUUCAUCCAAAGCUUUUCAUAUCUCCUUUGAUUUUAUUGGCUAACUUCUUCCAUUCUCAUUUGUUCCAUUAACUCUCCCUUAAUAAUGGCAAAGAAUGUUGCUCAGUCUCCUCUUGAGAUUAAUAGCCUGGCUUCUCUUGACCAAAGGUUGGCCAUGGCCAAGCGCUGUUCUCAUGAGGGUGUGAUAGCAGGAGCUAAGGCAGCCGUUGUUGCUACUAUUGCCACUGCCAUUCCAACUAUGGCUAGUGUGAGGAUGCUGCCUUGGGCAAGGGCCAAUCUGAAUCACACUGCUCAAGCUCUCAUAAUCUCCACAGUGGCCGGAGCAGCAUAUUUCAUAGUGGCUGACAAGACUGUUUUGGCAACGGCUAGGAGGAACUCCUUCAAGCACUCUGACAAUGAAGCAUGAAUGCCAAUUCUUGAUUAUUAUGUAAACCCAAAAUCUAAAUAAAUAAAUAUGGGUUUCCUUCCACUUUAAGAGCACGAUAUAUAGGAGCAUUAGCAUGUAUUCAG